UGGAGCCGUUUAGCCGAAAGCAUCAAGACAGAGAAAGCCCGAAAAUGAAUCUGCUUAAAGCCGCGCUAUUGCUGAGCGCGUUGGUUGUCUUGUCUGAGGCCGGGGAGGAGUCAGGGUCCAUAGACUGGGAAAAAUGGCUGGAGUGCACCCAUAUUGGCGCCAGAGCUUCGGCGCAAAUACUGCGACGCACCAUCCCCGCGAUGCGUGUAUUAUAUCAGUGCAUCGACUUCGAGCCUCUCCGCGACCCCGAAUUUAGUCAACUCAGACUUCUCAAAAACAUCUACAAGUUCCUGAAGCUAUCUGUUUACGACAAACAGAGCUGUCUGCUUGACCCCCUCAAGGGAGUUGUCAACACCCUCGAGCCAUACGUUGAGAGGAUUGAUAGCAUGCACUGCUUGGACUCCUAAAUAUUCAAUACGUUUUUCAAUAUUGAAAUAAAAUGCAGAGCAUUCCGAGAGCCUGCCGCCUGUUCUAAUUGAAGCAAGCCAAAACUGA